CGGCCGCCCCCGGAAAGCAGGCCCGGACGCCGCCGCCCCAGACCCGGGGUCUGCACCCCGACAUCGAGGGCCUGCACCCCGACAUUGGAUUCAGAGAUUUGGAAACCCGGGCCUGGGACUCUGAUCUGGGGCCGGCACCCCGAGAUCCGGCCGUGGGACCCCAAGACGGAGCAGGAACUCCAGUAUCUGGGGCUGGAAUUCCAACAUCUGGUCCUGGGACUCCAAGGUUUGGAACAUGGACCACAAGAUUUGGAGCCUGAACCCCAAGAUUUGGCAUCUAAAGCCCCAGAUCUAGAGCUGAGCUUGGAAUUCUGUGUCUGGGACCUUGAAAUCUGGAAUCAGAUUCCCUUAUCUAUAUCCUGGAAUCCUACUAUUUGGAACCUGAAACCUGAGAUUUAGGCCUCAAAUUCCAAGAUCUGAACCUUGGGAUCCCAAGGGGCUGGAACCUGAGUUUGGUCCCAAAGUCCUUGCUGCAGACUUGAAUGCUGAAAUCUGGGUCUAGAGACCUCCAAAUCUUGAACCCAGAACCCCAGGAUCGGAUCCCAGGACUCUGGGCUUGGGUCUCAGACUCCAGAAUCCCCAUUUGGCUGCUUACUAUUCCAAGACUGGACCUGGGAGACCUAGGCCCUGAACAACCCAAACUGGGGCCUGGGUCUCUAAACUUGGGCCCUUGGGGCCCAAUAUUUGGGGCCUGGAACCCUGAGUAUCAAGGUCUGCAGACUGUGACCACAGAUCCGAAUCGAGACGCAGUGGACACGGUGCCUCUACAGAGGCCUGGGGACGGGAAAGUAUGACCCAGCUCUGCUGCAGGGCUCUGACCUCCGACUCCCCUGGAGCCUGAGGACUCUGCUCCCUGGGGCAGCUUCCAGCGCAGGCCGCCCUCGCCCGCGAUGGCCGUCCUCCCGCUGCUCCUUUGCCUGCUGCCGCUGGCCCCUGCCUCGUCUCCACCCCAGCCAACCACAUCCAGCCCGUGUCCCCGCCGCUGCCGCUGCCAGACACAGUCGCUGCCCCUAAGUGUGCUGUGCCCAGGGGCGGGCCUCCUGUUUGUGCCGCCCUCGCUGGACCGCCGGGCAGCGGAGCUGCGCCUGGCGGACAACUUCAUCGCAGCUGUGCGCCGCCGCGACCUGGCCAACAUGACGGGCCUGCUGCACCUGAGCUUGUCACGCAACACCAUCCGCCACGUGGCGGCCGGCGCCUUUGCUGACCUCCGGGCCCUGCGCGCCCUGCACCUCGACGGCAACCGGCUGACCUCGCUGGGUGAGGGUCAGCUGCGCGGCCUGGUCAACCUGCGCCACCUCAUCCUGAGCAACAACCAGCUGGUGGCCCUGGCGGCCGGGGCCCUGGACGACUGUGCUGAGACCCUCGAGGAUCUCGAUCUCUCCUACAACAACCUGGAACAGCUGCCCUGGGAGGCUUUGGGCCGCCUGGGCAACGUCAAUACGUUGGGCCUCGACCACAACCUGCUGGCUUCCGUGCCUGCCGGCGCCUUCUCCCGCCUGCACAAGCUGGCGCGGCUGGACAUGACCUCCAACCGCCUGACAACUAUCCCUCCUGACCCACUCUUCUCCCGCCUCCCGCUGCUCGCCCGGCCCCGCGGCUCGCCCGCCUCCGCCCUGGUGCUGGCCUUCGGCGGGAACCCCCUGCACUGCAACUGCGAGCUGGUGUGGCUGCGGCGGCUGGCCCGGGAGGACGACCUCGAGGCCUGUGCCUCGCCACCUGCCCUGGGUGGCCGCUACUUCUGGGCUGUGGGUGAGGAGGAGUUUGUGUGCGAGCCACCCGUGGUGACUCAUCGCUCACCGCCCCUGGUGGUGCCUGCAGGCCGGCCGGCCGCGCUGCGCUGCCGGGCCGUGGGGGACCCCGAACCCCGUGUGCGCUGGGUGUCGCCCCAGGGCCGGCUGCUGGGCAACUCGAGCCGUGCCCGUGCCUUCCCUAACGGGACGCUGGAGCUGCUGGUUACCGAGCCAGGUGACGGUGGCAUCUUCACCUGCAUUGCGGCCAACGCCGCCGGCGAGGCCACGGCUGCCGUUGAGCUGACCGUGGGUCCCCCGCCGCCUCCCCAGCUGGCCAACAGCACCAGCUGUGACCCCCCGCGGGACGGGGAUCCCGAUGCCCUCACCCCGCCCUCUGCCGCCUCUGCCUCCGCCUCCGCCAAGGCAGCCGACGCCGCGCCCUCCACCGACCGCGGCGUCCAGGUGACUGAGCAUGGGGCCACAGCUGCCCUCAUCCAGUGGCCGGACCAGCGGCCUACCCCGGGUAUUCGCAUGUACCAGAUCCAGUACAACAGCUCGGCCGACGACAUCCUCGUCUACAGGUGGUUGCUGCAACUUCCACCCCAGAGUAGGAGAGCACUGGGUGCAUCUGCUGCGGCCACCUGGGGUGGGUCAUGGUGGCUGCUGAACCAGGUGCUGCUGACUCCUCUGCCCAGGUCCAAUCUUGCAGGGACAACGGUGGACCACUCCCUGUCUUCACUGCCAGGCUGGGCCCAGGGUGCGGACCCCAAGGACUGGCUGCAGAGAACUGGGUCUCUCAAGAGCUGGAGUCUGUGCCUUACUAACCUGUUACCUGGAUCCCCUUUCCCUUCCCAGGGGCCUCACCUCAAGAGACCAUCACUUGACUUCCUUUUCGGUCCUGGAAACCCAACAUGCUCAUUCCACCUCCUUUCUCAGACUGUAGCACCCAAUCGAGUCCAUGGAGGGUCCGCACCUGAAAAUCACACCAGCCCUGUCCACCGUCCUUGGCAGGGGAUGGAAUGAAUGCUUCCCCUGACAUUCCUCCUCCCACAGACAACCACAGAGCUCCCUGUACCUAUCUCAUUAAAGCAGCCUAGGAAUAAAACAGACAUUUAAAAAAUAAGUUGAAUCUCCACCAGGCCUUCCCUGCUGUAGAAGGAAAUAUAGUGGAAUUGGGUGAUAUGGUUAAAGGAAAUGAGAAAGGUAAUGAUAAAUAGAAACCAGGUAGCAGAGAGAAAAGGGAACCAGAUUAUAGAGCUGGAAAAAAAUCAGGCAACGGGGAGAAAAAGAAAUUAGCAGUGGUGAUGGAGGCAAAUCAGUUUAAUGAAAAGGGACUCAGAUGACAGGACUCAAUGGAAAACAGGCUAUAGAAAUAAUAACAAGGCAAUGGGGCUAGGGGGAAGUUUCUUGGCAGGUUAGGAGGAAGUUGGGUAUCAAGGGUAUAGGGGAGUCAGGCAGUUAGAUGGGAGAGAAUUCUAGCUGUACACUAGAGGAAAAUAAGGCAGCUGGAAAAGGAAAAUUGGGCACAGGCUGGAAGGAAAUCAGACAGGAGAGCCUGAGGGAAAUUGGGUGAGGGUCUAGAGGGAGAUUGGGAGGUGGGAUCAGAGAGAAAUUGGAUGGAGGGCUGGGAGGAAAUGAGGUAUUGGGGUAGAUGGAAAUCACCAGGGUCAGAACAGAAUUGGGUAGUGAACCGGAGAGGUGUCUGGUGGCAGGGCUAGAGGGAAUCUGGGUGGUGGGCCGGUUGGAAAUGGGUGAUAGACUGGAGGAAUCCAGGCAGUGAGCUAGAGGGGAAUUGGGUAGUGGGGCUGAGUGAAAUCAGGCAGCAGACUGGAGCCAAAUUGGGCAGUGGAGCUGGAGGGCAAUUGGGUGGCAGUGAGGGA